UCAGCAAGAGCAGCCACAGGCACAGGCGCAGGCGGGACUUGACACGGAAUUGGCGCUGCGCGGAGCAGCGAAGAGCGGGGAGAGGCUGCGUGGGGAUGUCAGGCGGGACGGCCGCCGGGUCGACUGACUGAGCGCCCGAUUGACGCCGCCUUUUUUUUUUUUUUUUCGGAGCGUCGUGAUUUCCCAUCCGGAGCUGUUCUUCUUCGGCCGCUCCGUCAAGCUCGGUUCCUUCUUUUCUGGAGGUGAACCCAUUCUCAGCAGCUUCGCGCCCCAACGGGUUAACCUGCCCUCCUCCUCCUCCUCCUCCUCUCCUGGGUCUUUUUGGGCUGCAGUUAACUUGAGUUCUUUUUAGGGUUUUUUUUUUUCCUUGCUUCGCUUCGCUUUCUCCUCCCUAUCCCGAAGCUCCUCCUCUCCUGCCCCAUAUAUUACUGCCGUUGUUUCUCGCCCCCCCACCACCUUUCCCUUCUCUCAGCCAGCAAGAUUGGUGUCCUUCCCAGGGUGCUUUAUGAAGUCACACCUGCCCUAGCUCCCUCCCUGCGCCCACUGGUCCGAUGACAAUCUGCUGAAGCGGCUCCCCUUGUUGUGCAAGCCGUUUCUCGCUUUAAAAAGAACAAAACUCCGCUCUGCUGGAAACAAGACAAUUGCCCUUGAAGUCCUUCCAGAUCUUUUCCCUGCUUUGGUUGCUGUUGUUGUUGUUGUUGUUGUUGUUUUCCCCUUCCCCAUCCUGGAUUUCGGAUUUACCUUCUUGAGUUGCCCUCUGACAGAAGAACGAGCAUGUCUCUGCUCCAUCGCCUGAUUUGUUACCUGCAGGAUGCCGAGAAAGUUGCCCGUUUCCAAAAACUAUGCGGCGUGGAAGCACUACCAGACUGGAGGUCUGUCUCCUCUGCUCAGACGGUGGACGCAGAGCCCCCCUUGGCCAACGGGAACUGCACCGCUGCCAAGCCCCAGGGUGAAAGUGGCAGGCGACGCGGGUCCCCAGGUUCUUGGAACACGGAGGAGAAACAUGAGGAGAGCCACUCAAAUGGUAUGAAGAAUGGGAUGGUUUCUGAAGACACCUGUGGAGUGGAAUCUCAGCCAGCAUCCCUAGAGAAGCGGAAAAAAUGGGUCUCAAAAAGCCACCCUCGCCGCAACUCUCUAACUGGAGAAUCCAUAUCGCAGAAGUUCAGAAUCCAUAAUUUUUUCCUUUAUUACCUCUUCAGCUUUGGCACAGAACUGGGCAAUGAAUUUUUCUACAUGGUGUUUUUCUCCUUCUGCUUCUGGAAUGUGGAUCCUUGGCUGGGCAGGAGACUCAUCAUCAUUUGGGUUUGGAUCAUGUAUUUUGGUCAGUGCACCAAGGAUAUUAUCCGUUGGCCAAGGCCUGCUUCUCCCCCGGUAGUGAAGCUGGAGGUUUUCUACAAUUCUGAAUAUAGCAUGCCCUCAACUCACGCCAUGGCAGGCACUGCCAUUCCUGUCUCAUUAUUUCUACUCAGUUAUGGACAGUGGCAGUAUCCUUUCAUAUACGGGCUGAUUCUCGCAAUUUGCUGGUCUUCUCUGGUUUGUUUCAGUCGAGUAUAUAUGGGAAUGCAUACAGUUCUGGAUGUUAUUGCUGGUUUUCUUUAUGCUCUUCUCAUCUUGGUCGUCUUCCUUCCAACUGUGGAUCUAGUAGAUAAUUUCAACUUAACUUUCAAAUAUGCUCCGCUAGUCAUUGUCAGUAUUCAUCUUGCCUUGGGGGUGUUUUCUUUCACUCUAGACACGUGGAGCACAUCCCGAGGAGAUACAGCUCAAAUCUUGGGCAGCGGUGCUGGAAUUGCCUGUGGCUCCUAUGCUACCUAUAGACUGAAUGGAAUGCUAGAUCCUUCACCAGAAAUGCUUCCGUUAGUUCCCACACUCACCUUAAACCUCUUUGGAAAGGCUGCACUGCGAUUAUUGAUUGGAUUAGUUUUUCUGUUGCUGGUCAGAAUGAUCAUGAAGAAGAUCACCAUCCCACUGGCCUGUAAAGUCUUCGGUAUUUCUAGUGCAGAUGUUCGAGAAGCCCGACAGCAUAUGGAAGUUGAACUGCCUUAUCGCUAUAUUACUUAUGGAACAAUGGGAUUCUCAGUGACUUUCUUGGUUCCUUUCUUAUUUUGCCUAAUUGGACUGUCCACGUGUUAGUGUGUUUUCUUCAUAUGGAAACAGUGAUGGACAGUUGAUCUGUGCGAGAGAUGGAAUGCCUUUUGAGAAGUGCUAUGAUAUUGCCUCUGCGAAAAUUAUAUGCGGCAGGCAGUGAGCUCAAAUCUUUGAUACUGGUUAAAAACCUUAUAGAUUCAGGUCCUUGAGAAAUGCCAUGUUUAAGUCUUACUAUUGUAACAACAUUAUAAAUAGCAAAUGGAUUUAUGUGUAUGCAUAAAUACGCAUCAGACUAUAAAUGCACCAUUUUCUCUCUAUUUAAAUAUGUUAAAGUAGUUAUGUUUACAGCUGAUCCAGAAGCUCUAUCUAUGGUCAAUUAAAGCCAUGUCAUAUCCCUCAGCCACAAAUGGCUAUGUUGUAAUGAAAAAGCUUUUUUUUCCUUCUCAUAUACACACCUAUUUUUACAUACAGGUAGGACGCUAUGCUAAUAAACCUAAAAUUUAAUGAUACUUGGCUUACAGCACCUGAUAGCUUUAGCAUAUUUUUAAUUUGUGAACACAAACCACUUAUUCCAUGUACUGUAUUCUUUGCUUGAUAAUUGUGCCUUUCUGUUGGAAUGCACCACAUACUGUGAGAUACACAUACACAACUACUAUAAAGUAGUAUAAACAUAUUCUAAAUUAGCUAGAUAUUUUAAAAUGUAGGCUGCAACGUGAUUAAUAAAAAUUAUUUUUAUUAUGUAAACUAAAAACUUUAGUGGGGCUUACCCACUUUAAUCCACAUUCUAAUACUGUUUUAAUGGAUAUUUUUAAGUGUAAUAUACUGUAUGUUAUUGGAAAGAAUACAUUUUUCCUGAUUCUCCUAUUUUUAAUUAGGCAUUAAUUAUAGCUGAAAUUAAUGCAGUGUUAAAUUAUAUUUUUAACAUAAAGUUUCUUGAUUUCAAAUGAAGUCAUAUUCAUAACAAUGGUGGCUUUAAUAAGAAACAUAUAAACUUGUACUGUUGCAUUGUAUUUCCCAUGCUAUUAUAUUUCUCAUCCUAUUAGAUCAGUUAUCAAAUUGUGAAAAAGGUUCUGUUGUCCUUUUUUGUUUGGAAACUGCUCCACAAAAUAAUCAAAUGUAUUAUGGUACUAAUUACAUCUAAGGUCAUGUAGCCUAUUAUUUCUGAGCAGUGACAUGCUGCUGUCUAAACAAAAACUAGUGAGGGAAAAACCUUUAUUUUUCUUGUGACAUAAUGACAUCUGACAUGGUCUUUGUUGUCCUAGAGAUCUUUGGAGAACAGCAGGGUACAUAGAAGAAAGGUAAACAGAAGGAGGAAGAGCAGAAAAAGAGUGUAUUCUCUCAUAUGUCUGACUUUGUAUUAAAACAGCAAAAUAAAAACAAUCUUCACAGUUAUGUAAUGCACAGUGAAUGCAUUAGGGCAGUGUUUCUCAACCUUGGCCGCUGGACGAUGUAUGGACUUCAACUCCCAGAAUUCCUCAGCCAGCAGAGCUGGGGAAUUCUGGAAGUUGAAGUCUACACAUCGUCCAGCGGCCAAGGUUGAGAAACACUGCAUUAAGGCAAUUGAUGUGCUCCAGUAUAUGUGUUGUUUACAAACUUCUUAUGCACUUGUAAACUGCGUUUAUGGAUGCUUCUACUAGGGCUACACAGCAAACCAGAUUCAGAGGACAAAUGAUGAUUUAUUACAUGUGGAACACAUGAUGGAAACCCAUUAAAUCACAAGCACCUUUUCCUGGGCUUACACGGCAUCUGCGAAAGGCACUUUGUGUGAGCCCAAUGAGACACAGUGUCUGGAACUGUUCUGAACAGGCAAAUCCUAUUAUGCUUUUUGAAUCUGUGGUGCUGCACAGACCUCAUCUCUAUUCCCAGCUGUCCCAAAAGUGCCUACUGUGUACAUUGUAUAUAUGGAGAAUAUAGAUAGGCAAACGAUCAUGUACAGUCAAGGCAAAAAAUUGCUGCUGCUAUCAUAUUCUUACCUGUAAGAAUAUGUUCUUACAGGUUACAUGUUCACGGUACAUCCUGUUGUGUAAAUUAAGGCAAUUGAGCCUUUGAUUUAUCUGUGAUAUUAUCACAGAAAUCUGUGUUGUGUUUCCCCAGGGCCUCUUUGCAACAAAGUUUUGCAAUUAUAAGACUCAGAAAAAUGAGUCUUAUAAAAUGACUCAUUUAUAAGUCAUUUAAAAUGACUUAUAAAUGUCAUUUUAUAAUAACAUUAUAAAAUGUCAUUAUAAAAUGUAACCAUUUUAAUUUCAUUUGAGCCUUACAAUUUGCAAAAUUCUACAGGUAGUCCUCGAUGUACAACCACAAUUCUGUCCAAGACAUUUGUUAUAUGAAUUUUGCCUCAUUUUACAAGCUUUCUUGUCACAGUAGUGGAAGUGAAUCACUGCAGUUGUUAAGUUAGUAACACGGUUUGUUAAAUGAAUCUGGCUUCCUCAUUCACUUUGCUUGACAGAAGCUUGCAAAAAGUGAGGACAUGCCUGAGAGAACUGCAAUUGCCAUAAAUAUGAGUCAGUUGCCAAGUGUCUGAAUUUUGAUCAUGUAACUGGGCAUGUUGCAUAAGUUGUCAUAAGUGUGAAAAACAGUCAUUUUCAGCGCUGCUGUAUGGUCACUAAAUGGUCACUAAGUGAGCUGUUGUAAGUCGAGGACUACUGGUAUAUGGUAUGUGGUUUAUUGUAGACCAUGUUUCCUUUUUCAUAGAAGUUCUACUAGUCGGCUCUUAUUGGGCCUCAUCUGAAAGGGUGGAAAUGAAUGAGGAACUUGUAUUUUGAUAAUAACAGUACAUUAGAAUGGGUCUCCAACCUUGGCAACUUUAAGAUUUGUGGACUUUGCAAAGCUGGCUGAGGAAUUCUAGGAGUUGAAGUCCACAAGUCUUAAAGUUGCCAAGGUUGGAGACCCCUGCAUUAGAACAUUCAAAUAAUGCAAAUCUCCAGAAUUCUUAAACAGGUUGAAUGUUUAGGAAUUAAUAUCUCUAUGUUGGGUUGUGGAAGGAGUAUGUGUAUUGCUAUUCAAGAGUCUAUAAUUUAUAAUAAAAGAAGAGCCCAGGACCAUGAGACAUUAUGAAGGUAUAUAAUUAAAUUACUCUUGCUGGAUGCUAGGUACCAUACAUUCUGGUUCUCGGAUUAAAAAGAAUAAAUAUUGUUCUCCAAUGUUUAGAAGUAUACACAUCUAGUUGUAGUUCCUUGGCUUUGUUUUUCUGCUAUAGUUUCAAAUAAGGCAUUGACAUUUUGUCUUAUUUUUGAAAUGUUUCUAAAUUCAUUUUUUGGGGGGGAAUGUUCCAUUUUCUCUGGUCUCAUUAUGCUUUGCCUUUCUACAAUAGUUAUGUUUAUUAGUCACAAAAAUAGCAGUUUUCUUCCUGUAUGGAAUUUAGGAAUUUGUCAUACGGCAUUUGCAUUCUGAUAAUGUGUCAUUACAAAUGUAGUCCAGAAUAAUUCAGCUUGGAAAUGGAGAAUUUAACAUGGUCUAGUUUCAUGACCUUGGGAAGAUGGAUCCCCCCCCACCCGCGCUUUGAUCAUAAUUAUUCCUACCAUCAUAAUAAGGCUCAAAGGCCUCUGGGGCAAGGAGGCAAAGGAAAGCAGGGUAGGUGGGUGUCAAAACACUUAAGAUGGUCAUAUGAGUCCACCAUUUUACAGGUUUUGAUGAGAUGCCUGUGGCUACUUUUAAAACUGACGUGAGAGCUAAGGGCAGUUUGGUAUUGAUCAGGAUUUACUAAUUAAGACUUCCAAAACUUUUUUUAAAAAAGCUAUUUACGUGAACAUAAACAAGACAUCUGAAUUAUAAUCUCUGAAUAAUUAUUUUUUCGUUAUCAAGUUUAAAAAAGUAGUGUACUGACUCAGUACUGGUACAUUUUCUUCUGCAAUUACUGCAAAUUACUUUGAUUAGGUACAUACUAACUCCCCAAGCUAGUAUAGUUUUUUUUGUUUAAUGUGUACCAGAAGAAAAAGAAGUGUAAAAAGAAAUUAGGUAAACAAGGUUUUUUUUUACAUUCCUAAAAAUGCAAUGAAUCUUAAUGAAAGCACAAAAAUUAAAUACUUCGUUGUUACAUUCUCAUUUAUUGCCAUGCUUUUUAAAAACAAAAACAAAAUUAAUGAAAAUAGUUACUGUAGAUCUGAAUGACUGUUGCAAGUAACUUGCAAUUUUGGGUGGGAUAUAUUAUUCAGGUUGUUUAGCACUAUUAUAAUUGGUAUUAAAAAAUUGCUGAAAGAGUUCAUUUCAUUGGGUAGUUAGUUUAAUGAACAAAUAAUUGUCUCUAAAGUUUUAAAAUAUGCACUGUAGUAUAUUCUACUAUUAUUCUGUAUAUUAUUUUUUUACGCUAUCUUUAGAUGAAAUUAAAUCCCAUAUUGACAUUUUA